ACACACAAGACGAAUCAAUGAACAGUUGUUUGUAGCUUCAGGGGAGAAUUACGGCCUUUUACUUUUUUUAUUUUCUGCAUUUUUUAUAAACUUUUUCGCCCUGAUUUGUUCCACAGCCUAUAUUUCUAAUCAGAGGUGUGUUGUUUCGUCAUCAUGAGGAGGCUACCUGCUGCGCUACUUUUGUUGUCGCUUCUGAAGGUCUCGUUGUGUAUUCAGGUGAAUGUCCCCCAGCUGGAGCGCAGCACGGCCCUGUUUGCCGCAGUGACCCUCCGCUGUGACUACUCUACCUCUGCAAACCUCCAAGAUGUCCUGGUCACCUGGAGGUUCAAGUCCUUCUGCAAGGACCCUGUGCUGGAGUAUUACUCCACAGCAUACCAGUCUGCACUGCAGCUGGGACAAGACCCGGCCAAUGACUGUCCAGAUCGACAGCGAACGGUGCGAACUGUGAUCCAGAAGAGAGGAAGCAGUGAGCCGACGCUGGGAGCAGAGUACCGUGAACGAAGGAUCACCAUCCAAAACAGUGCAGACUUGGUGAUCACUGAGGUGAUGUGGGGGGAUAAUGGGGUGUACUUCUGCUCAGUCGAUGCUGCUGGAGACACAACUGGAGACUCUGACAAAGAAGUCAAACUGAUCGUUUACCACUGGCUGACAGUGUUGUUCAUAAUCAUCGGCGCCCUCCUCCUCAUCCUCCUCUUCUGUAUCUGCUGCUGCCAGUGCUGCCCUCAGAAAUGCUGCUGCUAUGUCCGCUGUCCGUGCUGCCCUCAGCAAUGCUGCUGUCCUGAGAAAGCGAUCAUGCAGCAUCGCAUGAUGAAGGAGGCACAGAGGGCGAUGGCUCCUUGGGCCGGAGGACAUCCGGUGUAUGGACCAAUGAGCCACGCCUCCUCCCAGAUGAACCCACUGCUCUACGCAGGAUCUGCUUCAGGAAAAAGCAUCCCCAUGAAGCCGAUGCCCCUCCCUCCUCCUCAAUCUUCAGCUUACAGCAUGCCCCCUCCCAGUGUCCAUGGCAACAACACCCCCGCCAGCACUAAUCAGAUGCUUGAUUACCUGGAGAGCCAGGUGAGGGGGAUGGACAUGGCCAGUCCUCUGCUGCAGGCCCAACCUCUUCACCCCCAGCAUCUACAACAGAUUCAACCUCCUCCCCAGCACAUGCACAUGCCCACCAAUGUACCAUAUUCCCCCGGCCCCCCCAGCAUGAUCUCCGGCCUUGGUGAAGGCCCAAUGGAGCGCCGUGUCAUCACACUUCCGCCAAUAAGAGAGCAGGGCAGAAUUCCACCACCUGCUCCAAAGACUCGCCCCCCAAGCUCCAGCGAGAGCAGCCGCAGUGGGUUCGGACGUCCUGAACAAGGAGCGGCUGCCAGACGAUACCCUUCACCCUCCCGGUCCAGAGGUAUUCCCAGGAGCUACAGCGAGGAGUCACUGGAUGGACGCAGUCGCAAUGGGACACGAGGCAUGGAUCGACCCCGCUCCCGGUCCAGGGAUGAUCUGUUUGACAACAGGUCCAGAGCAAACUACUCUCCCCCAGCAUCCCGACGCUCGAGACGAGGGUCCUGGAGCUCUGAUGAUGAGGGCAGCAGCAGAAGAGGAGGAGGAAGGAGAGGAGGACCUGGAGGGGGAGGAGGAGGAGGAGGCUGGAUUGAAAAACCUCCAAGCUACUCCGAGUACGAACCAGGACAGAAACCAGGAGCAAGGAGGAACGGACGCUACUCUGACAAGAGUUCUCGCAGUGGCACCAGCGUCGUCAUCUGAGCCCCUCCAGCUGUGAAACGCCCUGUGAUCUCUCUGUCAGAGAACAAACUCACCUCAAAAGAACUGGUAAAUGUUGAAAUGCCCCCGUUGUAUGUGCUAAAAUGAAUCAUGGAAAGUGCUCUUUUAUUACUCUCUGGAUUUGUGAAAAGCUAGCAGAAGAAUUUCUAAGAAUGAGAUGGAAGGAUUCAAAUGUUUAAAGCGUGCAGGUGAUAAUGUUUGAUGUGAAUAAAGAGGUCUUUGGCUUGGAUGUUAUAAAAUGAGGACCUAAAUGAAAAGAGUGUCAGUGUGACUACUGAUCAGUUUUGUGGGAUAAUAUCGCCCUCUGCUGGUUUAUCACUGUGAUGAAAAAGAUUCUUAGGAGAUCUGGACAAAGAGCAUUUUGUUUAUUAUUUUAUUUGUUUUAGAAUUGAUUUAAGACCGUCUUUAUUGCACAUUAUAUGCAGAAGAAACUCUAUCAUGGCCAGAAAAUAGGUAAACAAAUGACAAGUUCAGUAGCAUUUUUAAUGUUUUGAAGGAAAAGGUGUGUGCCAUGAGCCUCUGUGUGGAUAGAUAUAGAUAAGCUAAAAGCUUUGUACAUAAGAUUAAUGAAGUAUUUACACUGGCCUACUGUAAACACCGUGUGUAAAUAAGUCAUUUACAGGAUGUUGACGUUGGGAUGUCAACAAUGUUACAGGAAUAAAGUUGUAUUUUUUUUCUCUUUUUUUUACAUUUAAUAGCACAAUGUGUAAAUGUUAUAGUAUUUUCUUCUCUGUACAGCGCUAUAAGCCUUCUACCUGCCUCCUCCCCCCAAAGGUUUUUCACAUUGAACUAAAGAUCACUUGCAAAUGGAAUUAAGCGGUUGAGCCUUUUGUCAAUGGUAAUGUUUUUUUUUUCUCUUAUGUUUUUUUUUUUUUUCACACUGUACAGUAAGUAUGCGUUUGUAAUAAACAUUUUACCUUUUGGGUUGGUUUUAAAAA